AUGUGGGAAGGACUGAAGCGAGUUCUGAAUGGCUACAGCCUUGAGGGGUGCCUGUCCUUGCUGGUGACGGUCCAGCACACAGAACGCUAUGUCACCCUGUUUGCCUCCGUUGUCCUCAAAUGUGACUACACCACUUCUGCCCAGCUGCAAGACGUGGUGGUGACGUGGCGCUUCAAGUCCUUCUGCAAGGACCCCAUCUUUGACUACUACUCUGCGUCAUACCAGGCAGCUUUAUCCCUGGGUCAGGACCCAUCCAAUGACUGCAAUGACAACCAGCGGGAAGUUCGCAUCGUGGCCCAGCGGCGGGGGCAGAAUGAACCGGUGCUGGGGGUGGAUUACCGGCAGCGCAAGAUCACCAUCCAGAACCGAGCAGAUCUUGUGAUCAAUGAAGUGAUGUGGUGGGAUCAUGGAGUAUAUUAUUGUACCAUUGAGGCUCCGGGGGACACAUCAGGAGACCCAGAUAAGGAGGUGAAGCUCAUUGUCCUGCACUGGCUGACAGUGAUCUUCAUCAUCCUGGGAGCCUUCCUCCUCCUUCUGUUGAUUGGAGUAUGCUGGUGCCAGUGCUGUCCUCAGUAUUGCUGCUGCUACAUCCGCUGCCCCUGCUGUCCCACCCGUUGCUGCUGCCCGGAGGAAGCCCUGGCCCACCACCGCUACAUGAAGCAGGCUCAGGCCCUAGGUCCUCACAUGAUGGAAAAACCCCUGUACUGGGGGGUGGACAGGAGCUCCCAGGUCUCAUCUUACCCAAUGAACCCACUGCUGCAGCGAGAUUUGUCCCGACAGUCCAGCCUUCCACAGAUGCCAAUGACCCACACCGCUGUUCACCCUCCCAUCACCAAUGGUGUCCUGGAGUAUUUGGAGAAAGAACUGCGGAACCUCAACCUGGCCCAGCCUCUGCCCCCUGACCUCAAAGCCAGAUCUGGCCACCCCUGCAGCAUGCUGUCCUCCCUGGGCUCCGAGGUCGUGGAACGCAGGAUCAUCCACCUGCCCCCACUGAUCAGAGACCUGCCAUCCUCACGGAGGACCAGUGACUCCUCACGCCAGCAGUGGCUCACACCAAUUCCAACCAGACCAUGGGAUCUGAGGGAGGGGAGAAGGCAACACCAUUACUCUGAUUUCUACCACGAGCUCCAGGACCAGGUGCCAAAGCCCUGGGCAUUAGAGAGAAGGGAGCUGAACUACCCAGGGAGUGGAAGGCACCAUGGCCCCAGGCUGAACAGGUCACCCAUACCCUGUUCAGACAGGGACAGCCUCAGCGAUGGCCCCUUGUCCAGUGAGGCACACUGGCGGCCCAGCCGACCUCCUCUCAGAAACCACUGUAGGGAGAGGCCCCGCAGGCCCAGCCACCGGGAGAGCACCCAGAGGCACGGGAGACGCAGGCACCGCAGCUACUCCCCUCCCCUGCCCUCUGGCCUCAGUUCUUGGAGCUCUGAGGAGGAGAAGGAGAGGCAGCCCCAGAGUUGGGUCUACCGCCACCGCUCACGUUCCCCAAACUGGCCCGAGGAGAAGCCACCCAGCUACCGCUCACUGGAUGUCAUUCCAGUCAAGAAUGGCAGGAAAAAAGGGAGUGUGGAGAGGCGCUCGGAGAGAGGGAGCUCCCAUAGUGGAAGGAGUGUCAUCAUUUAG